AUGAACUUCUUUCGGCGGAAGGCGCAGGUUCAGCCGGCGCCGGACCGCGAGCCUCAAAAUCCGUCACCUGCCGGGAAACCCGGCGCAAUUGUCGGUGCUGAGCGGUCCGAUGGCGGCGCAACUGGCGGCGAGAAGCACGCUGCGACUGGCGGCGCGACGGACGGCGUGGUUCGCGCUGCACGUGCGUAUCCACGUGCGGGGGACGCUCGGGGUUUUGGCUCUAGACACUUGGGUCUCACGCCCUUACCCAUCAACAACACCAGCCGUGCUGGGUUCUGGGCUUUUUCACUCACCAUCCUUUGUUCCUCUCUUCCACCCCCCUCCCCACUCCCCUUCCCUUCCUGCAGGCACGUGCAUAUCCACGUGCCAGGGACGCUCGGGGUCUUGGCUCGGCCCAAUGCUACCCUGGCGGAGAUCUGGGAGGCUCGGCCGGACCUGCUAGGCUCGGGGCGGCGGUACUUCCUGACCACGCGGCUGCGGGGGGAGACGGGUGGGGGCAAGGGGGGUUUCGCGGGGGGCCGCGGAGGCGGAGCGGGGGGGGUGGAGCGCGCGAGUGCUAAGGUUGAGGUCCUGUUUCGGGGGGGAGACAGGCUGAGGGCGGGGUUGAG